UAUUCCUCCAAUCCCGCUACGAUUACCUCUCAGUUUACUUCGUCGCCAAUUCACGUACGAUCAAGAGAACGCCAUACGUCGUCAAUUCCAUAAUCGACGAAGCUUGUGUUCGAUUAAGGCACUAGAGAUGCAACAAGGAGAUUACAGCUCCUUUUACAGCCAGAACCCUCACGUUAACCCCGCCGAUCACCACACAACCUCGUACGCCUCGGCGCCGCCCUUCACCGCAGGUAACGUCUCCGCCGAUUACUCUUCUUAUUCACAGAAUUAUCCUCCUUAUCCUCUAAAUCCCGAUCCCGCUCAUCCAACCGCUGCCGCUUAUACUCCGACUUCCCCGAACCCUAAUUUACUACGACCGCAACAACCACCGCUUUCUUCCUUUAAUCCAUCGCCUCAACCAACGGUACCGUCUUUCCCGCCGUACGAUUCGCAUGGGGCUUACCAACCGCAGACAACGCAGCAGUCCUCUUAUCCACCGUAUGAUCACCAUCAGACGGUUCCCAAUUAUGCCCCACCUAUCACGAGCACCACUCCUCCAUAUUCGUCGAUGUACUCGGCGCCUUACAGUUCUGUAGGAUCAUCUAUUCCAUCUGCGUACGAUAAUUCGUAUGAGAAUCCAGUGAAAUUCGAUGAGGCUGGCGGGUAUAUUGACGAUAAGUAUGGGGAUUUCGGUAGAAGCCGAUCCGAUUUGGGGUCUGAUCUUUAUGGGAAGCGACCCGAGAUUGGUGGGUACUCUCGAUACGACCUAGGUUCUGAUGACGGGCUUGGAGAUGGUGUUUAUGCGUAUCAAGGAGGCAAGACCGAACCAUAUGGUGCCCGGGGCACGGACUCAAAGUCGUCGACGUGGACGAUGUUCGAUGAUUAUGGAAGAUCCAUAAGUGUUCCCUCGGUCAAGGAGAAUUCAUCAACUUCGGGUUCGAGCAAGAUCGUUAAAGCUGUUCCCAAGACCGAUACGGAGCAGGAUGUGAAGAGUGGGGUUCAGAAGUUCCGUGUCAAGCUCUUGGCUGAAAGCGUAGGGCAGACCACAAUGGAUGUCCUUUGCCAGAUUGGCUUAGAUGGCAUACGGAUGCUUGAUCCUGCUACAAAUAGGAAUUUGAGGAUAUAUCCCCUGGAGACAAUUACUAGAUGUGAAGUAAUGGAUUCAUCUACUCUGGCAUUUUGGUCUAAGAGCUCUGUGGACAUUGAACCAAGACGCAUCAGACUGCAAUCAAAUAGUCAUACUACAAGCACUCUUCUGGACAUAAUAACAGCUGCAACUGUUCAGGUUAAGGAAAUGGGUGGAAGUAGUAGGGCCCUGGAUUCUUCAGUUACAACUGAGCAGGCUACAGAGAAGAAAAAAGGGUUUGUAGAUUGGAUGAACUUGAUAAAGCCUCCCAAUGAAGAAAAAGAUCACUGGGUCCCUGAUGAAGCGGCUUCAAAGUGCACAGCAUGUCGUACAGACUUUGGGGCAUUUGUUCGCAGGCAUCACUGUAGAAAUUGUGGUGACAUUUUCUGUGACAAGUGUACCCAAGGUAGAAUCGCUCUUAGUGCAGACGAGAAUGCUCAGCCUGUUCGUGUUUGUGACCGAUGCAUGGCAGAAGUGACCCAGCGACUAAGUAAUGCCAAGGAUGCAGCUAGUAGACCUGCUGUGCAGAGUCAUGAGGAUCUUGCAAGGAAGCUUAAGGAGGAAAUGGAGAAGAAUCGCAAGGCAUCAGUAGGAUCCAAGACUGAUGGAUCUGGGAGGCGGAUGAGGGAAGUUGCCUGCCCUAUAUGUACCGUUCAUUUACAGGUCCAGGUUCCCAGCUCAGGUUCUGAGACCAUCGAGUGUGGAGUUUGUCAGCAUCCAUUCCUCGUGAGUGCCCAUUGACCAGCACAAGCAUUUUUUUGGGCCAUGAUGGUACCUGAAUUCACUCUAUUUAUUCUUCUCCUAAGACACACUGUUGGCCUUUUGUGUAUUAUCGUUGCUUGUCAUGCGGCUAAGACUGUUUGUCGGAUGUUGAACUGGAGUUGGUUUCUGGUGUGCAUACAAAGUUUUUCUGGAGAUACCUCAUUUCAUCAACUUUUAUCAUGCUGUAUAAAAGCAACAAAUUUAUAUUUUACAACUCAAGAUGUAUAUUCCACUUGUCUGUGAUGUUGGGACUCGUGGUGACAUACCUUGAUGUUAAAUGUAUUGAUUAAUUACAGACUUACAGUACCACCUCUCUGUCACAUGGAUUGAACUCCAUGGAUUGAGUUGAUCUUUC